AUGGUAGUUUUAAUUGAUGUCACAAACUCUAUAUCAAAGAAGAAGGAAGAGGAGGAGGAAAAAGAGGAGAAUAAGAAUCAUUACUUUAGUGGGAAUACCAGAGAAACAAACAGGAACUAUAUAAGAACUGGGAAACAUGGGAAGUAUGCCAUUCUGUUUAUGAAUAAGAAGAAAUCAAAGGCGAAAGUAAAUGACAACACUUCCAUCAUAAAGCAAUUUGUGCUCCUGGGAUUUUCUGACCUUCCAAACCACCAACAGUUACUUUUUGGGGUGUUCUCCAUCAUUUAUGUAACUAUCUUAAGUGGAAAUAGCCUCAUAAUAAUAAUAACCAAAGUUGACAAGGCACUGCAGAAACCCAUGUAUUUUUUUCUGGCGAAUCUUUCCUCUUUAGAAAUCUGUUAUGUAUCCAUCACCAUCCCUAGGAUUCUGGUGAACCUUUGGACUCAGGAUGGAAGCAUUUCUGUGCUGAGCUGUGCCUCCCAGAUGUGCUUCUUCCUUAUGCUGGGAGCCACUGAAUGUUUCCUCCUGACAGUGAUGGCCUAUGACCGCUACGUGGCCAUUUGUAACCCUCUGCACUACCCUCUAGUCAUGAACCAGAAGAAGUGUAUCCAACUGGCUGUUGGCUCCUGGAUUGGUGGUGCCCCAGUCCAGAUAGGACUAACAAGUCAAAUGUUCUCUCUGCAUUUCUGUAAUUCUAACCAAAUUAACCACUUCUUCUGCGACAUACCCCCAAUCCUCAAGCUAGCCUGUGGGAAUGUCUUUGUACAUGAGUUGUCAGUCUAUGUGGUAGUUCUAUUGUUUGCUACAUUUCCUUUUAUGUUGAUACUUGUCUCUUACAGCAAAAUCAUUUCCACCAUUCUGAGGUUGCCCACAGCCAGGGGACGGGCCAAAGCUUUCUCCACCUGCUCUUCCCACCUGCUGGUUGUGUUUUCAUUCUUUGGAUCAGCUUCCAUUACCUACUUAAGGCCCAAGUCCAAUCAUUCUGCAGGAACUGACAAACUGCUCUCUCUUUUCUACACCAUAGUGACUCCAAUGUUUAAUCCCCUGAUUUACAGUCUUAGGAACAAGGAGGUGAUCGCAGCACUGAGAAAACUAUUACUUAAAAAAAUGGCACGAUGA